AUGGAUGUUCAAGAGGAAAGAGAGUUUAUGGAGCUGUAUGGUAGCUAUUCCAAUGCCCUAGUUGUUGCUAAUUCUGCUCCUAAUCCUUCUGGUGGUCCUGCCCCUCCUCCUGCUGUUGUUGCCCCUGCUGUUGCUGCUGUUGCCCCUCCUCCUCGUGCUGCCCCUCGAGCCAGGCAGCAAAGGAAUUCUAUGAGGUGGACUAGUGUCACAUCCUCCUUUAUCUUGCGCCGGUUCUGUGAACUCAUUUCCACUGGGGUUAGAACAGAUAAGGGGUUCAAGGAGGUUCACUUGAACAAAGUUGCUAGGGACCUUCAGGAGUUCACAGGGAACAAUGUAACCUCUACUCAAGUGUAUAACCACUUGCGCACAUGGAGGAAAAAAUGGAUGAAAGUGACCAAGCUGAGAGAGCUUAGUGGAGCUUUAUGGGAUGAGGAGACCUUCAUGAUUUCCUUGGAGGAUGAGCACUAUAAUGGUCAUGUAAAGGCUCACCCUGAAGAUGCUGACCUUCUGAACAAGCCAAUAGAGAACUACCAGCAAAUGGAGAUCAUAUUUGACAAUGGCUGUGCCACAGGCAAGUUUGCCAUGGGUUCUAGCCAGCCUUUGGGUUCUCCAUCUGACUGGGCUGAGAGUUCUCAAAAAAUUGAUGAGCCUGCCAAAGAGUUUGAGGAGGUAGCUAAGCAGGAUGCUGGGGGCAGUAGCAGCAAGCACCAGGAGGCUAGUAGCAAGCAGCAAGAGCCUAAUGGCAGUGGAGUGGGCAGCAAGAGGAAGAGGGCAAUGCUCUCUGAUGAGGAUAUCACUGUCCUGUCUGGGAUGACAACUGCUGUGAACAAUGUGGCUGAUGCUAUCAGAGAAACAAAGACUGAAGUUGUCCCUGCUGACCUCUACUCUGCUGUGAUGUUUGUCCCUGGCUUCACUGAUGAAGCUCUGAUUGUGGCCUACUCCCAUCUGGCAGACAACAAUGCUCUUGGGGCUGCAUACCUGCUAAUGUCUGAUGCUCAUCGUGUGCUGUGGCUGAGGACCUUCUUAGCUAAGCACUACUACAACAACAACAACUAG